AUGACUGACUCUCCUUCUUUGGCGGCGCAUCCCGUCGCUGCGGGGCCUGCCAACGGCAUCACACCCUCGUCUACAACGACGACGACGACGACGACGACAACAACGACAACGACAACAAAAACAGAGCAGCUGAACGAGCAAAGCGCCAGGAUCGGAGAAGAGCAACAACCAGAUCAACUCCCGCCCGUAUCGUCCGGCGACAGCGACCCCUCCGUCCCUCCCCUGCGUGUCGUCGUGGCCGACCUCCACCGUCGCGUGCACACCUUCCUGUCCGAAUCCUUCCCCCCAGACUCCCUCCUCGCCCGCGUGCAGAACCAGACCCGAAUCUCGCUCUCGGUGAUCCAGACGGCGCUGUCACGAUACUCGCUGCGCGAACUGUCCCUGUCGUACAAUGGCGGCAAGGAUUGCCUGGUGCUGUUGAUCCUGUUCCUGGCCAGUCUGCAUCCUUUACCUGCUGCUGACAAGGAGGCCAUCUCCACGAUCCCCGCCAUCUAUGCCCUGCCGCCGCAUCCCUUCCCCUCCGUCGAGGACUUUGUCCGCUCCUCCUCCCGCCAAUACCGCCUUUCGUUGACGAGGUACACAACCGACCCUCCCCGGACGACCCUGCGGUCCGCGUUCGAGUCCUAUCUCGCUCUCAACCCGACCAUCAAGGCCAUCUUCGUGGGAACGCGCCGGACGGACCCGCACGGCGCCAAGCUGACGCAUUUCGACCCGACCGACCACGGCUGGCCCGAUUUUGUCCGCAUCCACCCGGUCAUCGACUGGCACUACGCCGAGAUCUGGGCUUUCAUCCGCCACCUGGGCAUUCCAUACUGCUCGCUCUACGAUCAAGGCUAUACCAGCCUAGGAGGCACCAAUGAUACCCAUCCGAAUCCCAAACUCCGAGUGGAUAACGGGGGCAGUUCAACAGGCGGCCAGGAGACCUAUCGACCCGCCUAUGAAUUGACCGAGGAUGACGAGGAGAGGUUAGGGAGACAUUGA